ACGAUUCAACAAUUUUUUUUGCGGUAUUAUUAUCGUAUCCUCACACACACAUAUAUAUAUUAAACUUCUUUUAUUUAACUUUCUCCUUUUUUAACAUAGAACUAAUGUAGGUCACUAAUUUUGUUAGUCAUUUUGAUUUGUUUUCAACUAUACUAUUUAUAAGUACAAAUGGAAUUUUUUAUUCGUAUAAAAUCAUUUAUCCCUGUUAUAAAAUUAACCCAUAUUAUUUAUAAAUCUACACAUAUUUCUGAAUUCCAUCAUAAGGCUAUUUUAUUGCCUUCUUCGAUUAAUCGAUUACCUUUUAUAAAGGAUCAUAACAUUAUACUCUUGGGAUUUUCACUACUAAGUUUUUUUGGAAUUAAAGAUGAAGAAGAUUCUGAAGCUAAAAUGAUUGAUACCAUUAAACGUGGUUUACUAUUUUUGCAAAAAGAAGAUUACGAAGCCUUUGAACAAACACUACAUAAUGCUCUAGCUAUAGCAAACAAUAUUAAAAGUUAUGAUGGGUUAACAUAUGUUUAUGAUGUAUUAGCUAAUGGGGCUUUAAUGAAGACAGAUUUUGCAAAUGCUGAAAAACUUUUCGUUCUAGUCAUGCAAAGAUUAAUGUCAAGAGGAGCACAUGAAAAUGAUCUUAAUAUGCUUCACAUUAGUCUAAAACUAUCAAAAAUAUAUGAAGCUCAGCAUGAUUUUAAAAAGUGUGAAAUUGGAUAUGAACACUGUAUGAAACACUUAGAAGAAUUGAAUACAAAAGAUCCAAAUAAUGAAGACAUUCUUGGUUUAUUAUCAAUAACAUUUGAUUCUUAUGCUCGCUUCCUUUUAAGUCAAGGCAAUACCAAAAAAGCAUAUAAAUAUUUCAAGAAGUCAUAUAAAACUUGUGUUAAAUUAAAUGGUGAAACAUUUGAAAUGAAUGUAAUAUUAUUGAAUGAUUUAGGUACAUUAAGUUAUGCCCUUGGAAAUGUAAAAAAAGCUUUUAAAUUUUUUAAUAAAGCUGUAAAAAUAGGACAACACUUACCUGAUAUGGAAAGUUUUUCAUCAGUUCAUAUUAAUCUCGGUAAUAUUUAUUUGAAACAAGGACUUUUAAAUGAAGCUGAAAAAUCAUGUAUUGAAGGCAUGAAAAAUGCAAAGAGACAUCACUAUGCAGAAGGAAUUAAAGAAGCUACAAUAUGUUUACAGGAUGUCAAAAAAUUAAUGAAAUGAGUUUUAUUAAUUGUAAAAAUAUUUAUUGUUUUUAUAAAACUUUUUAUAAGUUUACUAAAUUUUUUUUUAUUUGUAUGAUUUAAACAUGAUAGUCCUUUUUAGUGCAUGUUAUAUUAUGUACUUAUACUUUAAUGCAAUACUCAGUUGUUUAUAAUUAUAAGUUACCAAUAUUUAUUAUUAUAUUGAAUUGCCAAUGCUACUUAGUAAAUACUAUAUAUUGCUUGUAA